GUAAUAUGUUUCUUCUUCCUGUCUUCUUCUUCCGUCCACCAUUACUACUUGCUGCAGAAGUCACAGCUGAAUUUUCGGUCCGGGACAACCGUCUCGUUAAUUUCUGCGUGUACCGUGGGAUUACCAACAAAUAGUCAAAAUGUCAUCCUGGAGAGCAGCUGGUCUGAACUACGUUCGGUACUCUAACAUCGCUGCCAAUCUGGUGCGACAAGCUCUGAAACCAGAACUUCGCGCUGCUGCUGCCAAGCGUGAUGACUCGUCUGUCAGACUAACUCCCUGGAAGGACGGCAAGCCCAACACGGGAAAGCCUGAAUAAGACUUUGGGUCAUCGAGGUCGGCUGCUGCAGCUUCAGAGUGAAGGUGUUAUGGGGAAUAAUAGGUUAGCUGCAACAAUCAACUUGUGUACUUCUGUGCCCAUUAUUCAGAACUGUCAUGCACCCUAAAUUUAGACCGAAAUUUGUUGAUUGAACUGUCAGUUCUUGGAGAAUGUAAGAAUUUCAUGUAGCAAGGGAACAGAAUUGGCAUGGAAAUGAAAACCUUUCAUGUAAAUAAACAUUUUAAUCUUACAUAAA